CUCUUCCUUUGGCAGCGCAGGCAGCAGUCGCAUUGGUGCAUCAAGCCGUAGCAGUGCGAGCGUCCCUACUGCCGGUACGAAGACCUUUCGACUCAAGUGAACAAACGGCGCCACCGGGCCUGGGCGGCUGCGUCCGACGAUAGGCCGAUACUCUCGGCCAAUCACCGAGCACCGAUGCUGCGUUUCUUCUGAUCGGGCUGGAAAGUGCAAGGUCGUAUCUUUGGUCAUUCCUGCCGAGCUCUCCUGCCGACGACGAUGCGCCUCGCCGUCUUCGCCCUCGUAGUAUCGCUCUCCCAUGCGUCCAUCGACGUCGUCGUGCAGUCGUCAAGCCUCGUUUCGGCGCGGACUUUCCCCAUCGAUCUCGAGAGCACAACGAUCGAAAUUGUACCCCGCGGCGAGCGGCUUCGCGACGCGACCUUUGCGUGGACGUCGCAGUACGGCUACGUUGCGCUGCACGCACACAACACGAUCCUCGACGGCAUCAACGAAGCAGGCCUCUCUGCGGCUCUUCUUGACUGGGGCACAUCGAUCCCGGUGCCCGGUGGCGCCGACGGUCGUCCCGUCAUUACCGCGCUCGUGCCGUUUGUGUUGAGCAACUUUGGCUCGCUCGACGACGUGCAGGCUGGCCUCGCCCAUGUCCGCCUCCGGCCCAUGGCGCAGCAUGCGUGGCGCCUCACGGUCCAUGAUGGCAAAGGCCACAGCCUUAUUCUGAACGCGACCAACCACGUGCUCGACGCGCCCCGCGUCGUACAAGCUGUCGGCGACGCCAAGACGACGCAGUCGCUCCGCCAACACGAUGCCACGCGGCUCGUGCGCGUGGGAGCAGCCGAUGCGAGUGCGGCGACCGGUGUCCCCUCGGCAGUCGCCGGCGCCAUCGCCCGCUUUGACGCGACGUACACGAUCCAAGCGUCGGCGCAAAGUCUUCUCGUGCGCGAUCACGACGCCAAGACGCUCUAUUUGAAAAACAUGGCGUCGCCGUCAGUUGUGCAUCAAAUUCCAUUCGACGCCGACUUGGUCGACCGCACGACGCUGCAGCUCGCAGAUGACACUGCGCUGCUGGCGGUCAACUCGUGGACCAAUGUGAUUCUGGGGUGGGUGCUAUUGCUCUUGUGCAUUGCGCUCUCGAUCGCGUCGGCCCAAGCUUUCAUGCGCCGUCAAGGCUACCACCACCUCCAGUUGAUCCACAAGUAGUCGAAUAGUCUUUUCAAUUGCAUGUCCUUUAACAUAUCUCAAUGUGAUGUCGUUCACUUCUCU